AUGGCAACUAACCAGUGGGAACUAUUUAUCGAAGUACCAAGGAAGCACAAUGUUUACGAGAAACAGGUAAUACCUGGAAUUGUGGAUAUUAACUGGUUGAUUCGUGGCGCCCGGUGCUCACCUCACGCGCGGUUGAAGUGUUGCCAUGGAAACGCUUUCUCUGCACUGAAUUGCUUGCAAUCUCAUCUAAGUUCAGAACUUUUCAACUCCAUUCGUGUCAUAAUGACAGAAGUUGACAGUUUGGUCAAAGAAGCUGAGAUGGAUGAGUGCAACGGAGAGCAGAGCGAUGAGGCACCAAAACCAGAAUCAUCGGAGACCAUCGCACCAAAAUGGAAGUCAAACUUUGAACUGAUCAAUUUUGAAUCUUCAAAUGCGUUGCUGUAUCGACUUUACGUCCAAGGAGACUACAUCGGAUGCAAGUCUUUAAUAGGUGAAAUGUUGGAGCAAAGUUCAAACCAAAGCGAAUAUGCUUUCUACAUGAGAGGAAUCAUAGCUCGAGUUGAAGGAGAAUUGGAGGACGCUUUAUCAUGGUUUAAGAAAGCGUUGGAAAUUUCAGCCAAUUCCACAACUUACCUUGUCAAUAUUGGACGAGUUUACUUUCUCAUGGGGAACCAUACGCUGGCUGUAGAAUACCUUGAAAAAGCGGUUAAAGGAAAUCCAAGCGAUUCUAAAGCGUAUUACUGGCUGGCUCGAGCUGUAUAUCACCUAGACACUGACCUUUUUAAUACCUGUGAAAAAGCACGUGAUCUUCUACUACAGGCACCAUCACUGCAAAAUUCGGUCGAGUUGAUCGUUUUCCUUGCCAAGCUGAUGGGCGAACUAGGAGAUACAACGGCUGCUAUUCAGGCUUAUGAACGAGCGCUUCAAUUGGAGCCGGAGAAUUUGGAUGUAAUGUUCAAAAUGGGUAUGCUAUAUUUGCGAAAUAACAACGAGGAUCCGGCUUUUGCAAUGCUUGGCAAAGCUCUCAGCUACGAUUCUACUCAUCAACAGUGCAUUCUUGCCGCUGGCUCUAUCAUGCAAGCACAUGGUGACCAUGAUGUUGCACUGAAUAAGUACAGAGUCGCGGCGGAUGCGUGUGACUACAACGGUUGCCUAUGGAACAAUAUUGCUGUCUGCCUUUUUGCUAAAGGGCGCCUUGCCCAAGCUCAUUCCUGUCUCAAGAAAGCUUCUUUUAUUUGUCCUCUUGAUUACAAGAUCAAUUAUAAUCUCGGUCUUGUCCAUCAAGCAAUGGGCUUGCAUUGUUCAGCUCUUCAUUUCUUGAAAGCAGCGUCUGAGUUGAAACGUGAUGACCCACAAAUUAUUGGUGCGAUGGCAGUAGUGCUUUCCAACAUGGGCGAUGUCAAUAACGCUCGUCGCGCCUAUCAAAAGUCAAUUGGGUUGGAUCCAAAAGCUCAAGUGAUUCUCAACUACGCCAUCUUCGAAUUCCGUCAAAAGAAUAGAGACAUUGCUCGGGAUGCACUCACUCACUUCAAGACCGUUUCCUCAAAUGCAGGAGGAUGUAGAAAGGAUCUUCUCAGCAAAGCUGACCAACUGGACGAUGCUUUACUCUCGCUACCUCAAGAAGAGGAACAAGCGUAG